UUAACUGAGGCAGCUCAGGUUACACGUAGAAUUAAUCAGUUCCAAAGUUGUUGACGAAUAUUCCUGUUAAAGCUGUUUUCUGGCUUAGGAGGCGGUUAAGUUGGUGUUUCACAAACGAAAAACGACUCACGGAAAUUGGAAAUCGUGAUGUUUCUGGCUUAUCUUUUAAUCCGGGUUUUGUUCGUGUUUGCAGUGACGCAGUUUGUCAGCUCAGCAAACGCCCGAAAUCCAAAUAGAUGCGACUCUUCACUGCAACAAAGUAACAACAAAGUUAUUGUGAGCUGGUUUAUCAACAUCAGGGCUUUUACCCCUGAUCCUUAUACAGAUAUAUGUUUUGGAAAGGCCUCUAAAGGAAACCCCUUUUCGAUCUUGUGCUGGAACAAAGCUGCAAACUCCUUUACGUUUUCUAACCACAGUGAUACGUUGUCGUCCUGUGACUGGUGUAAGACCUUCGUUACAAAUCCGCAAGCACUAGAGCAGCCUGAUGGUUCUGUCCGGGUGUCCGUGGAGGUGGCCCUGGAAGGAAAUUUUGGCCAGUUGGUAUAUUGGUAUAUAGUUUGGGACGGCGAACACAACAGGUUAAUCAAUGAAAUGCUCUUCUGCAUCUAUAGAGUAGAAAGCUUUAACUGUGGCAAGAAACCACCUCUUCCUAGGAUAGUUCACGGAACAAACACCAUCCCAGGGGAGUGGCCUUGGCAGGUGUCUCUAAAAAAUAAGGGACACUUUUGCGGUGGCUCAGUAAUCAGCCCGCGAUGGAUCGUGACAGCGGCUCACUGCUUUGACGGAGAGGAUCCAAAAAAUGUCAGCAUUGUUGCAGGUAAAUAUCAUAUUUCAAGAAGAAACGGUUUUGAGCAAGAACUUCGCAUCAAAAGGCUUUUCAAACAUCCUCGAUAUAACGUGACCUGUAAGCUCAACUACGAUGUGGCACUACUGGAGCUAAACGGAACCCUAAAGCUUAACAACAGAGUGGGGUCUGUGUGUCUUCCCGACGCUGAAUUUGAUCCUGGCACCAUCUGCUACAUCACUGGGUGGGGAAAAACAUCGGAAUAUAGUGUUAACAGAGGGGCCAAGAUUUUGAAAAAGGCUAAAGUUCCUCUCGUGUCGCGUGAUAUCUGUAAGAGGAGCUACAAGGACUACCGUUAUUCAGGCUUCUGCGUCACAAAACGCAUGCGCUGUGCAGGCUACGCUAAAGGGGGUGCUGACGCCUGUCAAGGAGAUAGCGGAGGACCGCUGGUCUGUCUUAAACACAGGAAGUGGCAUCUAAUGGGCAUCAUCAGCUGGGGUGUUGGAUGUGGACGAGUGGGACGUUAUGGAGUGUACGGUGAUGCUUUGAAGCUCAAGCACUGGGUGCAACAAGUGAUACAAGAUUCGUAAAAAUACAAGCCAUCAGGGAUCAGGUUUUCCUAGUUGCUCCAAUAAUUAACGUUUCCGUGGAUGGCAUCGUCUGGUAAUUUCAGUCCUAUUGUGGAUUAGCCAUGACCUUGAUUAUGAGUCACAUUCAAAUCGGUGGCCUUUGAGUGAAGUUAAUUUGAGAUUUUAGGCAUGUGUGACUAAGAAAGUCUUAUCGUUUU